CUUUGUGCAUUCAUCGACACUCAACGACGAGGUCAUCGUUCUCGGCAGCAAGGACAGCAUGGGGACAGAGAGUCGACAGCAGUCAUGAUCUGACAGCUUUAGCCAUCUUUCAUGACCCCAAAUAUGGCAGAGGACGAGCCCCAGGUUGUCCACCUGGACCCGUUCAACUUACCCCCAGCAACACCCGCAGGCAACGUCUACCCGAAUCUGAUCGACUCGACGCAGCAUGCAAGGAACAACUUUCAGCCCCGCAAACGUGUAUGGACGAGGACAAUCUCUGCUCAAGAGAAUGAAGCGUGUCUGAAGAGGACUCUACAAAAGUACUGGGGAUAUGAUUCUUUCCGUGGACCUCAACUUGACAUCUGCUUGAGCGUCAUGGCCGGAUGUGAUGUAUUGGUUGUGGCUCCCACUGGUAUCGGCAAAUCGGUUUGCUUCCAGGUUCCCGCCGUGACGGUCGAAUAUGGCAUCACUAUCGUCGUAUCUCCCCUCUUAGCUCUGAUGAAGGAUCAGGUCGCCGGUCUCAACGAGAAGGGAAUCAAGGCAGCCAUGCUGUAUGAAAAGACAGAUGAAGCGACAAAGAAAUACGUCGGAAAGCAGCUGUCCAUGGGUCAUCCUGAGCUCCGUCUGCUCUACGUUACGCCAGAAACACUAUUCACCUCCCGAUGUGGAGGCUACCUGAGAGCAGCGUAUAAGCAGAGACAACUCGCUCGUCUGGUCAUCGACGAGGCUCACGUCAUCGAGGAAUGGGGUUUGACGUUUCGAUCUGCAUACCGCGACCUUGGGAAAUUCAGGGAAGAAUUUAGAGACAUACCUGUGACUGCCGUUACCGCUUCGGCGACAGAAGACGUCCGCGAGGACAUCGUUGACAUUCUCAAGAUCAACAGAGGCGAUCUGGCUCAAUGGGUCCAGCCGUUCAAUCGGAAGAAUCUAUUUUACGAGGUCCGGUACUACAAUGAUGAGCAACGCAAGUACAAAGUCGACAACCUGGCUCAAUUCAUCAAGACAUUCUCAGUGAAGAUUGCAGACCGAAACGAGAAAAAUGACAUUGAUUACAAAUGCAUCUCUGGAUUGGUGUACUGCAGGGCGCGAAUGGCCUGUCAAGAUAUCGCCAGCAGCUUGCGGGAUCGCGGCAUUAACGCUAGAGCUUAUCAUGCGCAGCUGAAAGAGGCAGAGCGUGACGACGUGCUGGAGCAGUGGAAAGCAGGCAACAUUGACUGCAUAGUCGCGACGAUUGCCUUCGGUAUGGGUGUCGAUGCCCCACACGUGAGAUAUGUCGUACACUACGAUAUGCCAAAAUCCUUCGAAGGAUACUAUCAGGAAACGGGUAGAGCUGGGCGAGAUGGACACGUGUCGCGAUGCGUCCUGUACUACUCCCGCGAAGAUGCAGCAAACCUGCGCGGACUCAUCGAAAAGGAAGCCAAAAAGGAAGAGGACAAGCGUCGAUCGAAAAAGACUGCGGAUGCUGCUGUCGUCGUCGAUGAGGCCGAACUGGGUCGCGCUAAGAUACGCUGCGUGAACAGCUUCAAAUUGAUGCAACAAUACGCUGAAGCAUUCAAGACAUGCCGACACGUCGCCAUCUGUCGUUACUUUGGCGAGCAAAUCAACGACGCCGAUCCUGAAGUUAAAAAAGCAUACUGUGACAAGAUGUGCGAUGUAUGCUGCAAGCCUGGCGCUGUCAUGCGACGUGCCAUUCAAGUUACAGAUGAUGUCCCUAUCGCCUCGCAAGUCGUCCUUGCCCCUCGACGAGUCAUAUCGCAGGCAUCGAUCCCAUCCACGAACCAAUCCAGCACCAUCCACAAGCUGCAUCUGUCCGAUGCUCCACCUUUGUCUGACUCCAGUCGGAUUGGGCUCGGUGAAGGACCGUCUUCCGAAGGUCCCGACUUCCUGAGCUCUUCACCCCCAAGUAAUCGCCAUCACCCUCUUAGACGGCGAGCCAUCGGUCUCGCGCCUGUCGCAUCUGGGCGGUCGGUGGUUGUCCCACCGUCUACAUCGGUGAUGAGUAGGCACGAUUCUGCAUCCACGACCAUAGCCACCGACUUCGACAAGCAAGAGGCAACUGGGCCUUCGCCAGCUCGAAAGAAGCGACGUCAGGGUAAUGCUUGUGCGAGUGCUUCUGAGGAUCCGCCCCUUGCUCCGAUUGCUCGACACCAUACGUCCAUCUUCGGACGCAAUGCCUCUGCCGGUCCGUCUCGGCUGAGAGCGGCGGAUGAAAAGACCCGCACAGUGUCGGCAUUCGACGAAUCUCCUUUGAAUGCAGGGCCGGCGCAGAAGGAAUCGAUAACUCCUGCAGAGGCUCAGAGGAAAGAGAAGGAAAAGGCCAAAUUCAUGGCGGUGAGACCGAUAUCCCCUGCCACCCUCGGCGGAGGACCCUUUUCCUACUACGGUAAUGGCCGGUCGACACAGACCCAGCUGCGUGUCAAUGGAUCCUCAGCAUCAGGGAUCAAUCGGCCUUUCCGGUCGCCUCUGAUGCCCGAUCCUGUACCCAAAGUCAUUGACCGGAUCAGCGACGAAAAUCGAGCGGCUCUCCUUGUCGACGCUCAGAGACGACAUGGUCUGAAAAUGAUCACUGUCCUGGAGAAAGUCUUCAAAGAUGACGAGAUUGGAGAUGAGGUCUGGCGGUGUUGGGGCCGGACAGAGGCGGGUAAGAAGAAGUCGAGGCGGAUCAAGGCGAUAGCUCAAUCAUUGAUCGAGGGUGAGUCCUAGACACGCGAUCUUGGAUCAUGGCCUGACGCCGCCUUUUUCAGAGUUGCAUAGUCGCUCGUCAAGUGAAAAGGAUCUAGGUGAGUUUAGGGAAUCCUCACAGUGGCCGGGGCUGAU